UUUGUUUUCACAGUCUUCGCGUUAGCUUCACGGCUUCAUCUCAGCUUCAGCUAAAGAGCGAACCGACAACAGCUGUGUUUGCUUGAAGUAUCACAUUUGAAGCUGAUAAUACGGGACUUUAUCGCCAUUUAAAAUUCAGUGCUAGCAUUUUUUUAAAAGUUACCUUAAACUGUUAAAGAAAUGAAAUAGCGUCAUCGGUCGUAACCACAGAAACAGGCGAGAAGCAAAGGAGAAAUAAUAACAACAUCAAACCCGGCAAACAAAGAGGUCCCCUUUUCAACGGCAUCAUUUUUCCUCCAUAUUCUAUAGUUAUGAGUCAUGUGGCCGUCGAAAAUGCCCACGGUCUAGAGCAGCAGCUCGCCGUCCUAGACUUGAGUGCUGCAGACGGACAAGGUGGAGGGAAUAGCAGGCGAUACAUUCCUCCACAUUUACGGAACAAAGAUGCUUCCAAAAAUGCAGGAAAUGCCUUUGCUGCUGGGCGACAGGCUGCUUACACCAUGGCGCCUACAGCCACCUACGGUUGGGACGGCGGGCGCAACAACUUCGUUAACGGCUACCACGACACUCGCAUGACAGGCAACUCAUUUAACCGUGGCCCACCUCGCAUGGAGCGGGGAAGGGGUGGUGUUGGAGCUGCCGGUUACCGCGCCAACAGGGGUGGGGCCUUCAACCCCAUGAACCCAGCACAGCCAAUGGGCUUUGGUGGGUAUGAGAAUAAAGACGCAAGUGGCUGGAAUACUGCCAAGGACGCCUAUACCAGUUUUGGCAAUAACCGAGGAAAGUCUGCUUUCUUCAACGACAGAGGCAAUGCUAACAGAGGAAGGUUUGAGCAUGGUGGAUUUGGUAAUGGAGGAGGGGGAGGAAACAGCCGCUGGGUGGAGGAGUCCAGAGAUGAUGGAGACUGGUCCAAGCCAACACCUCGUAACGAGCGCCUUGAGCAUGAAUUGUUCUCUGGCAGUAACACUGGGAUUAACUUUGAGAAAUACGAUGACAUUCCUGUUGAGGCCACAGGACAAAACUGCCCUCAGCACAUUGAGAGUUUCCAAGAUGUGGACAUGGGUGAGAUAAUCAUGGGUAACAUAGCUCUGAGUCGCUACACCAGACCCACUCCUGUCCAGAAAUACGCCAUUCCUAUUAUCAAGUCGAAGCGAGACCUCAUGGCCUGCGCACAGACAGGUUCUGGGAAAACAGCAGCAUUCCUCUUGCCAGUUCUGAGCCAGAUCUACACCGAUGGACCAGGAGAGGCCCUUAAUGCAGCUAAAGCAUCAGGACAGGAGAACGGAAAGUACGGCCGUCGUAAGCAGUACCCCAUCUCUCUGGUACUGGCUCCCACCAGAGAACUGGCACUGCAGAUAUAUGAUGAAGCCAGGAAGUUUUCAUACCGCUCAAGAGUGCGUCCCUGUGUUGUGUAUGGAGGAGCAGACAUUGGUCAGCAGAUCAGAGACUUGGAGAGAGGCUGUCACCUGCUGGUGGCCACUCCAGGAAGACUCGUGGACAUGAUGGAGAGAGGCAAGAUCGGGCUGGACUACUGCAACUACCUGGUCCUAGAUGAGGCAGAUCGUAUGCUGGACAUGGGCUUUGAACCACAGAUACGGCGCAUCGUCGAACAGGAUACCAUGCCUCCUAAAGGCAUCCGACAAACUAUGAUGUUCAGCGCUACGUUUCCUAAAGAAAUCCAGAUCCUAGCUCGGGAUUUCCUGGAGGAUUACAUCUUCCUGGCAGUGGGCCGAGUGGGUUCCACCUCGGAGAACAUCACUCAGAAAGUGGUGUGGGUGGAAGAGAGCGAUAAGCGGUCUUUCCUCCUGGACUUGCUCAGUGCCACAGCCAUCCCAAGUGAGGUACAGGACAGUACUGGAGACAACAUAGAGAAACCUGGUAAGGACUCGUUGACUCUGGUUUUUGUGGAGACCAAGAAAGGUGCAGAUGCCUUGGAGGACUUCCUGUAUCGGGAAGGCUACGCCUGCACCAGUAUCCAUGGCGACCGUUCCCAGAGAGACCGAGAGGAGGCCCUGAACCAGUUCAGAUCGGGAAAAUGCCCCAUUCUGGUGGCUACAGCGGUAGCAGCUCGGGGUCUGGACAUCUCCAAUGUGAAACACGUUAUUAACUUUGACCUGCCGAGUGACAUAGAGGAGUAUGUGCACCGUAUUGGGCGUACGGGACGAGUAGGAAACCUGGGGCUGGCCACAUCGUUCUUCAACGAUAAAAACGGGAACAUCACUAAAGACCUGCUGGACAUCCUAGUAGAGGCCAAACAGGACGUUCCCUCGUGGCUUGAGAGCCUGGCCUAUGAACACCAGCAUAAGAGCAGUAACAGAGGGCGCUCUAAAAGGUUCUCUGGUGGUUUUGGAGCACGUGAUUAUCGUCAGACUGCAGCAGGAGGCAACGCUGGAGGGUUUGGAGGACGUGGAGGAGGACGCAACCAGGCAGGACAUGGAGGAAACCGUGGCUUUGGAGGAGGCGGCUUCAGUAACUUCUACACCAGCGAUGGCUAUGGAGGCAACUACUCACACUCUCAAGUUGACUGGUGGGGCAACUAGGUUUCUCCAUCCCUCUUCUCACUCAUCCUCCAUCCUUUCUCCACAUUGAUGUCUGCAUCCCAUCUGUCUUGUUACCACCAUUAACCCCCCAAAACCCCACAUGCAUGUUAUUAAACUAUUUAUGCUCAUUUACGUAGCUUUCCUUCCAUCCCCAUUCCUUCGUGUCUUUUAAGUCGUCCUGAGAGUUUUCUUGUGCUUUCUAUCUCCACCUUUGUUUUUGCAAAGGUUUCUUUUUCUUGGAUUAAUUAGCUUUUCACCUCUUGAAAAAGACCACAUGUUAAAGGGAUUCUUAAAUUUUUAGUUGGUUACUUUUAAACACUGGACACAGAUUUACCUGUUAGCUUCCUGCUAGCUGCAGCCUUUGGUUUCAGUGAGGAAGUUUCAAACCGUUUUCCCUCUGAGACAUGUGUCUGAAGGAAAAACAGCCGGUUAAAGGUCGAGGUGUUUAAUUCCCUAGGAUGGGACGUGUGAGAUUCAGAGUGUGGACUUCUUCAAAAGGGGGAAAAUUCUUUUGUUUUCACUUUAGAUUUCAUUUUGACUUCAUUGUGUUUUCAUCUGCAUUCACACUCCCUGCGUGACCUCAUGUCAUCUUUGUAUUUAACGCAUGGCCAUGUUGUAAAUCUCUGGCCAACAAUUUUUCUAAAAUAUAGAGAUAGGCAGGACAUAAAAGCAAAACAUGUCUGCAUUUAAAUUCAAAAAUACUGGCCUUCACUUAUCAUAUAAUGGGGGCCACAGAACUGACUCUUUUUUUUGUUUGUUUUUUAAUUUUUCACCUUUUUAAAACAUGAAGAUAUUGGUUUAUUGAAGUCUGAUGCAGAUGUCUAACAGAGAUGAGUGGCUGGACAAACUGAGAUGGCAGUCAGGCGUCAUUGCCAUUUAGCAGUGAUGCUAGCAGGCAGUCAUAGGACUUAUAGUUGUUACUGCAAACAGCAUUUUGUUUUAAGCUAAGGAUUAUGGAGAAUCAUGUUUCUGUACUGUGCCUUUAAGAAUUUAAACAUUGUCUCUUAUUUCCAUCGUUUUUAUUGCCAUAAUACGUUAACUGUCUACAAGCAUUGGCCCACCGUGACUAAAAAUGUGUAUUCAGUGUCAUAUGUUGGUUUAAACAUGUUUUUCUUUAUUUUAAUUUGGAAGGAAGCAAACUAGUCUUGAACUAAAUCAAACCUUGGCAAAAAAAAAAACAAAACAAAAAACCUAAAACUAUGAUGAGGAAACUCAAAGCAUUUCCUCGUCUGUCUAUUAGAGACCGAUGAGCUAAUUCCUCAAAGCAUAUAACCACUGUGGAUUAUUUUAUAAUCAUCCAAGGUGAGAAAAAUGGGUCAAAAAUGGCAUUAAUCGUGCUCAUAACUGAAAGCUAAUGAGCAGGGACAGCCACAGUGGUCGUACGCUUUCGGGAACCCGAGUCCUAUUCAUGACAUGUGUGUCACAUCUACGGCUCUGCUUUGAGCUUGCAGUUUGGUUUCUCAAAGCCAUCUUGUCACUAAUUGUUGGGUCACUUUGUGCCAGUAACGGGCCCAGAAGCAGCAGCAGUCCUGUUGUGUUAUUUCUCCCUCUCUUAUUAUCCAAAUAUGUAGCCAUUUAAUGUCAAAUUCCUCAUAACUUGCUGUAUAAAAAAGCCAAAGUCUGGUGCCACUCAAGUAGUAUCAGAUUACUGUGACUGCUGCACAGUUUUAAACACUUCUGCUAGCAAACACUACAUGGCUGCUGCUGAAAACAGUUAGCAAAUUGUGUCGGUGUCUGUGGCCGUUCAGCUGACUCUUAGUGCCAUCGUGCUCUUGGGAAUCUAGAUCUGCUUUAACCACAAACAUUGAAGCCCUUGUUUGAGGGGAGAUAAAAAGCUUCUCUCAAGGGGAUACGCAGACCAAAAGAGUUCAAAAUUUUCUCGCUCACUCUAUCCUGGAGAGUUACAUGAAGAGUCUUCUCUAAAAGUAGUCAUUCCAGUUUAUUUGUUAGGUCUUUAAGCUCUGUUGAAGUCGGGCAUAAAACUAAAGAAUUGGAUCAUCCUUCCUGACUUGUGUCACUGCAGAGACAGCUGGGGCUUCCCAAGGAUGUAAUGCAUUGUUUCUACAGCACACUUUAGCCACGUACUUUACUGUGUGCGACUGUGAUCAAGCACAAGAUGCCACCUUCUUAAAAAGCUUAAGCUUACCAGUGCUCAAAUUCCUCCUCUUACUGCUGGUUUCAGUCAGCAGUUUCUCUCUUCUUUGCUGUACGUUGUCAGGUUAUAAUGAAGUCACUUCCUCAACAAAAUGUUUACAAAUCUAGAUUCCAGCCAACACACACAACAACCGUACACUGGCAGCAUAUGAUUGCUUUCAAAACACUUAACACCCAGCCCACAAAGCUCACAGAUGGGCCACACUCCUACUGCUUCACACUGAUGCGUGUCCACUCUCCAGAGCAGCAGAAGAUUGCUGUCUGGAUCGGCAGUUUUGGCAGCUAUAACUGCUUAUUCACCUUCUGCAUGCAUGACAUGUCCAAAAUGUGCUGCACAUGAUAGACAAUGACAAGGUCCUGCUAGGACUGUCGAAUGCGAAGCCUAGCACAGCACAGCACAGUGAGAAACUGUCAGGGUAAAUUGUGCUUGUGGAAAAAGUUGCUAACUGGACUGAUCACAUACAUGUAAGUCCUUGGUUAUCCCUACUUGGCUCUGCUCUGAAACCAGGCUUAAAGGGGCAGUUGACCCAAGAUGUCCAGGUUUCAUCCCUGAUUGAACUUGAAAAGGGAUCUCCGCUGUACAUUUGGAUGGUUCAGUGGUAGAAAUCCAAUCCGUUCCCCCAACUGGGCCAAUUAGGAGCCUUUAAAAAAAAAAAAAAAAAAAAAAAAAAAAAUGCUCUGUUACUCCAGGGCAGGGGGGAAUUAAUUUUGUUUUGUUUACAUGUAGAACUCAGAUUAAAUGUAAAUAGUUCAAACAAACAGGGAGGAAUCUCCACAGAAAAAGAAUGUGAAGUUAAACAACACUUGGUGUGCACAAAGUCACACUUCAUCACUCAACACUAGACCAGACAGGUCUGGUAAGCUUAGUGCAGUGGGCAGUUUGAACACCGCGGACAAAAUUAGAAGAGAAAUGCUUAUUCUUCAGAGAGAAUACAAGUGUUUAUGUAUAAAUAGAAUUGCCAAAUUAAUGCGCACAACCCUCAAACUGCCCACUGGUUUUGACAAAUGACAAAGCUGGACCAAGACUGUAAAACAUAUUCAAGUGUUGUUGUUUUUUGGUCAAGGAGUUUCAAAUGCCAAGCAGACGAAUUCAAUUCUACAGCAGGCUUUAGUUAUGUUCCAGUUAUUUAUUUUAAUUUUUUUUUCCUGUCUUUGAUUUCUAGACUGAUUUUGAUUUUUCAUUCAGGUCAAUCUGUUUCCCUCGGGUUACAUUUGAGGGGGACGUUAAGGAAACUCGUUGGCUUUAACAGCGGAUUUGAAGGGUAAUGCUAAGGGUUCAAGCAGUUAGCUGGUCGUUUACUGAACACAGUAGAUUUUCCAGAAGCUUUGCUGGUUCAAAAAGGCACCAGUCAUUUUUAAUGUGCUCGAUGUCUCACUAAACCCGGUUCGGCUUACAGCUGUUAAAAUGAGGGACCGGGGGAAGAAAAAAAAUGCUGCUUUCAAGGACCGCUGCAAGAUGACAGAAUUCAGCUGCGCUCCUCGAUGUUCACCUGCUCCCUUUACGCGUUUACAUAUGAACCAAAAGCAGAAAAUUUAUUUGAGUUUUCUUUUCAGCUGCUGUUACAGCGUAUGGGUCAGAAAAGCAGUUACUGUCGCACAAAGACUCAUCACUAAGUUUGAGAUUGCAUUCUAACACAGGCUUAACUACUAUGAGCAGCGGUUGAAUCGGUGAUUCAAAUGUUGACCAGAACUGUUAGAGGUGUCCCGCUAGAUGAUUUUUAGCACCUGUUAACCGAUCAGAUUUCUUCCUGUGGUCGUGAAACACUUAUUUUUCUCCUGCACCGAUGGUCUUUGACUUCUGUACAAGAGCUGUCGCUAAGUAUCGAAAGGAUUGAAAGCAGGAAGAUGGAAGUAAGAAACAGGAGAAGUUGCUAAUGACAAUCAGUUAUGAAGGAUUUGCAUAUAAUUCACUUUACACACAAACAGAAGUCUUUAAGUUGCACUUUUACAUGUAGAACUUUUAUUAAAUGGCUGUCUUGUUGGCAUUGUUACAAAUUCAGCUUCUACCUUUUGACAUUUUGUAGGAGUAAUACACCUUUACUGACUGAACUGCCAGUCAGAUCCUGCUGACUGAUAUUCCCUGUGUGAAGCAUUUCUUACUUGAAUCAGUGGCUGCUGCCAACUAUAAGCUUAAUGUAGUCUCGUUUUGUUACGAAUGCUGCGGACGUGCAGCGUCGCAGGCGACUCCAUUGAAUGGAUGUGGUCGUGUAGAUGCUGCUGUGCCUUCUGACGAGCGCUAGGCAGCAUAUUGAGAAUCCGUUAAUAAAUGAAGGAACCGGUUUUACAUGCAGUGUGAACUUGUGAGAGUUAAACAGCAGGGCAUCUUAAAGUAAAAGUUCAGUUUACCUCUUGUUUGUAGAUCAGUCGUAUAAAGUAGUGUUGUUAAUAUGUAUGCAAUGUAUUUCAGUGUUUUUCUAGGGCAGGCUGGUUUUACCUGUCAGCUGUAUUUACCAUUGAACUGUGUUAGAGCAACACUUAAAUACCACUGUGCCCCAAAAUUCCCACCUGACUGCUUCAGAAAAAUCCCCUUCUGAACUUCUACCCCAAGUGCAAUAGAGUUCAGUUACUUGUGGCUUGCUUUCACUGUGUGGUCACCAUGAUUCUCUGCAUGAGUUUUGUUUGGGGGUUGUUUUCUGUCUGAGCACAAGCUGGCACAUGUGACGUAAGCUCAGAUUUUUACGUGAGCACGGUGCCUUUUGAAGUGGCUGAAUCACUGAAUUUGUAGGUUAGGGCUGGGUAUUUUUUUUUUUUUUUUUUUUGUAGAAAUGUUUGCUCAGACUCUAUGACGUACGAUCACAAUGUGGGGGGGACAUUAUGUAAAUGCUGCAGAGCUGUUGACUCAAAACAAUUCAGGCACAAGUUUUUACUGACUGACAACUGACUCCUGGUGCUAAAACUCGGACAUGUUGCCAUUUUUGUGCCGUUAAUGUUACAUUUUUGAGCAAAUAUGAGCUACAGUGGCAUCAGGGCAUUAUGGAUAGGAAUGUAGAUCAGGCACUUUAUCAACCACUUUGGUCCUCACAAUUUACAUUUCUGAAAGACUUUAUGGCAGGUUACUUACAGGACUCUCCACCUGCUAAUUAACAAACACCAGUUUGGUAAAAUGCCAAACUAAGAUUGCAAACAGCACUACCAUUAUAUGCUAAAUAACAUCAACAUCUUACUAGAGUCAUUGCAUAUACUUGUAGCCAUCAGUGUGGAGGCAGGUGGUUUAAAAUGAAAGGAUGCACACCCUCUCUCACACACACAUCCUUUCAGCAGUAAAUGAGGUUAAAUAUAACAUCUGUGUCAUGCAGAUCAUGCUUAGUUUACUUCCUGUGAAACUCAUUUACUAAUCCAGCACUUUAGUUCUUAUUUUUAAUUUCCAAAAACCUUCUGAUGCCUUAAACGAAGGGUGAUACCCAGCCCUAAUGGAGCUGAUAGUGAACGUACCUGUGACACAGACAACACUGAUGGUCAGAGAACAAUUAAUGGUGCUAUGCUUCCAUUGCUGUGGCCUACAGGCCCCUCCGUUAUAGAAGAACCACUGAGUUUUACACAAACUACUUUUUUAAUAGUUUAAUCUUCAACUGAAGUCUUCUGUAGCAUGUCCUUUAAACCUAAAGAGGUACGACUGAGAGUGAGUGUGACGGCAGUGUAGAGGUGUUAAAACAGAGGUGUGUGUGUGUGCGCGCUCGCGUGUGUGUUUAAUGGUUCUUUGAGAUUUUUUUUUUUUGGGGGGGGGGGACCAGGUGGAGUUCUAGUUAACAGCAACGGUAGGAUUCAGCUGUUUGCACACAGAGUUCUUGAGUCUACUUUCACUGCUAGUUUGUGUAAUUUGUCGAGCAUUUUUGAGAAAUGUUUAUUUUUCUAUGCCUAAUACAAAAGCUGAUAUUUUACAAAGUGACUUGACCAAAAGACAGUAAACAAAAACACUGGCACUUGAAUGUUGAAUGUCAUUGGUAUGAGUGAAAAUUUCUAUUUUUCUGGGGUAGUGUGAGCUUUUUAAUGUUAACGAUGCGACGUGGGGGCGCGUUUCUCCGUCAGCGCGUCACUGUAGCAAGCUGGGCUCAACAGUCCAAACGUUACAACCACCAGUGCCAAAAACCACCUGCAUUUCAUAAAUACAGAUGCUGCAUGCACAUCUUUUCAUGUUUAACCAGGCAGUUUUUGCAGCCAAGCAAAUCUGGACCAUAGAUGGUUUAAAAGAUGGAUGUAGCUACUCUGACUGUUCCUGAAGUCUCAAAAUGUUCAUCGUGGUCAUCUUGGUUUUAUUAAAAAAAUUAAUUAAAUAAAAGACGUGACAAGGAGGGGCAGGGCUGACUGUGAAACCGCUUGCUCAUUGGCUAAUUUCCUUUUAGCCAAUGAGCAUAGCAUGGAUAAUUCUCCUUUUUGAAACCUAGCGUGAACAGAUUUGCAAAAUGGGCUUAAUUUUUUUUUAUUUGGUAUGACCCAAAACGAGUGACUGAGCCCAUUUUUCUGACUCAGAAGCUACGUCUAUGUUUUAUAUUAGCUAUAAUUGUUCGAAAGCCAGGGUUUCUCUGGGGUGAUCUCUUCCAUAUAGCCUGAAAUCUUCUGAGUCUACACCAUGUACAUCAUUUAAAAAAAAAACACGGUCCUGGUAGUUUAAUGUAAAUCAAGUCCUGCCCAUUACAGUUGAAAGCUGCUGCAGUGUCUGUAUAAAGCUCAUCAAAACCCUCUCUAAACAAGCUAAAACCUCCUGCUUCAGGUCGUCUGUCCGUUACAUGUAAAGAUGUGCACGUGGUGUUGCAUGAAGGUACAAGGUGAACCGCUGAUUGAUUACAGCUGACCUGACAGUGAUGCGUGAAGAGAAACACCCUCCACUGGUUACCUUUAAAGUCACAUUGGACUCAGUAUCACAUCCGUAAACCUGUUUAUGUGACAGGCUUCGUUGCCAAUAAUAAUCAAUCAUAAACAGCCAUUUUUAAUCGGCAAACAAAUUGAGAAAAUACCACCAUAAAUGCCAAGGUUUGGAUUAAAAAAAAAAAAAAAGUUAAUGAUCAAAAACCAUUUUGUAAAAAA